AUGGCCGCGAAUGAUGACGGUCGCGAAGGAACAGACACCACGGACAGUAAAGGCAAUUCAGCUUUUCUUCCUAAAGACGAAGGUAGUAUACAUUGUAGUCAAACGAAACAUGAAAAUCUAUUUUUCUACCCGUUUGGCAUCCAAAGUCGAAUAUCGAACUUCUCAUCUUCUUCUCCUUCCUAUAAAGGAGGGCGGAUAGAUUGACAGCUCAGAGAGCUUCAUUCCUGGUACCAUAGAGAUACGAAACAGACUUAAGUAGUCUACUUGCGCUGCAUACUCCAUUUCUGUAUUCCUCUAUUCUUGUCUAUACCUCUUGCACUUGCAAGACAACUUUAUAGAGCAAAAUGACCGAGGAAAACCCCCGGGGAGUUACUUGGGUUAAUUUUUGCUGGGUAUGUGCCGUUGGCAUCUCAGAACCCCUACCCAUUAUAGUCUAUUCUCUGACUAAAGAUAGACCCCAUCUCAGUUACUUUUAGGAAAAUGUAAUUUUUGGCGAUCCCAACUUGGUAACUUUUUCUGUUUAUGCAUCCACCUUAUAAAGCCUUUUAACUAGGUCAUCCUGAAAGUGAAUUGACACAUUGUUUAAACUUAAUGAAGUAAAAAUCUUCCCAUUUUUAAAUCUUUACCUACCUGAAUUUUCAUGUGCGAUCCCAUUCUAGUAACUCUAAUGAAAAUGCAUCCCCAUUAUAGUCAAUCUAGCUGUGAAAAUGCGACCGCAUCAGGCUCCACAGUCCCAUUAGCUUAUUACUAGGAAACCCCGCCCCCCUCGGGGGAAAGCCAUUUGAUCUUCAUUUCAUUCCAUUUAACAUCCAUCUCCCCCAUAGAUGAGAUUUUCUGAGACGGCUAUGAAAGCCAUUUCUGAGUAGGGUGGCUGUGUCGGAACCUUUGAUCACUGGAAUUUCUAAGGUGUAUGAGAAAGAAUUGGCUAUUUCUUAGGGGGCUAUUGUGUCUGUACCUUUGUUCUUGUUUUCUUGGGGUAUAGUCAACUAUACUUAGGGGGCGUAAGGGUUUGAGGUGAUGCAGCUUCGCUCAAUUUUUGGAGUGGUUUUGUGGGAAUUUUUAUUUUAAGUUGUGGUAUUGUCGUUUUACAAAACCAAGUGAUUUGCGGUCUUCAGAAACUUUCAGGUAAUUUCAAUGUGGUUUUCCUAUGUUAUACUGUGCAGUGUUUAUACAUAAUUCUGUACUCUUUUGAGGUAUUUGUACCCCCCUUAUGCCCCCCUCCUACAUGGUUCAACCUCUCUUCAAAAGCCACCUUGGGGUCCAAAGAAAGUGGCAGUUGUAGAGAGGUUCAAACAAGAGUCAAUGUAUCUAUUUUUUAUCUGCCAGGAUGAAAACAAGUAGCCAUUGUAGAGAGGUGGCCAUAAGCAGAGGUUCAAAUGUAUUACCUCGUCCGUAUGGGGGGUGUAGCUAUUAAUAAUACUAGCAGAAAAAGUUUAGAUUAAAAUCCCUAGUAAGUGCAGUUUUACUGCCAAUGCAGGUGUUAUGCAUCCAGAAUACUUCAGUUUUAUCUCAGAUUUGAGAAAGGUUUGUAUUCAUUUGUGAAUAUCAGGCUCAUUAGAUGGGUGGUCAUUGUAUCCUCCUACCACCCCCUGUGUACUCAAAUAAGGAAGACACCUUAAAAGGGCUGUCACUAAAGGCUGGAAGCUGGGGAUUUUAGUCUGCAGCCAGUAACUUGGAGUAUGACCGCCAGCUACUUUCAUAGGAAACAAAAGAAUAUCGUAGCUGUUCAUUUCCCUACCAAAUAAUUGCAUAUAAAAUUAUAUACAUGGCAACUUGAAAUCUUAGUGACAGCCCUUGUAUAAUUGUUCUGACAUAAUAGGGCCAAUUAUACGACGAAAAAUAAUACACUUGUUACAUAAGAUGCAAGCUAUCGCGUAUAAACAGCACAUUUCAUCUGAAAUUUAGUAAGACAUGUUUUAUCUAAGAACAGACCUUCUUACACCUGUUCUUCGUUAAGACACGUCUUAGCUAAGUCGCAUCUUAAUGUGCCUUUUACACAGGAUAGUUUACGUCUUAUUUUGGGCGUGUCUUGUGAAAGCCGUGUCUUAUUUUUGCUUGUAAAAAAUGGCCCUAUAGUGUUACUGAUCAAAAAAAAAAAUACAAUGCCUCUGAAUAAUCAGAGUUGAAUUAAUGAAUGUUUUCUUUUCUUAGACUCUUUCGAUUUUGAUCUAUAUGGGGACCUGUCUGUUGACCUCAAUCAAGAAAUGACUUACCCUGAGGUAACAGUUAUUUUUGGUACAUUAAUAUUAUUAUUGUGACUGUAAGGUCUGGUGUCAAACUACCGACACUUUGAGAUUUUGUUGUUGUUCUAAUUCAAUGAAUUACUUUAUUCUUAGUUGAAAAAGCUCUAUGAAGAAAGUCAGCAGAAAAUUAAAGAACUAAAAGCUGAGGUUAGGUCUACAAGAUGUUGCAUUCGCAGGACUUUUCUCAGUACCUUGCCUUAAGAGACAUGUGUCUUGCAACAUUAGACUGUGUGAAUGGUUCUAUGAUGACAAUAAAAUAUCAUUGUGUCCUAUAUCUUUCAGAGUCAGAAAUUAAGAGAUGAAAACCUAAUACUGAAGAAGAACAUCUCAAGCUUAUACCUUACUGCACGAGAGGAAAUUAAAAGAAAAGAUGCCCAGAUCAAAACACUUCAGGACAGGGAAGUCAGAAGCAGAAGAAAAUAUGUAGCAUCUCAGCAAUGA